CGGCCCCGUCCCGCUCCCAGCUCGGCCCCCGGCCCGCUCCCGGCCGUCCCAGUGGCCGCCAUGGCAGAGCAGGAGAGUUUGGAGUUCGGCAAAGCCGACUUCGUGCUGAUGGACGCCGUCACCAUGCCCGAGUUCAUGGCGAACCUCCGGCUGCGCUUCGAGAAGGGCCGGAUUUACACCUUUAUCGGGGAGGUUGUGGUUUCCAUGAACCCUUACAAGAACCUGAACAUCUACGGGCGGGACACGAUCGAGCAGUACAAGGGCAGGGAGCUCUACGAGAGGCCUCCCCACCUGUUUGCCAUCGCCGAUGCUGCUUACAAAGCCAUGAAGAGACGAUCCAAAGACACCUGCAUCGUCAUCUCAGGUGAAAGCGGGGCUGGGAAAACUGAGGCCAGUAAAUACAUAAUGCAGUACAUAGCAGCCAUCACCAACCCCGGGCAGAGGGCUGAGGUGGAGAGAGUGAAGAACAUCCUGCUGAAAUCCAACUGUGUGCUGGAGGCCUUUGGCAACGCCAAGACAAACCGCAACGACAACUCCAGCCGCUUUGGGAAGUACAUGGACAUCAACUUUGACUUCAAGGGAGACCCCAUAGGGGGGCACAUCAAUAAUUACCUGCUGGAAAAGUCCCGCGUGAUCGUGCAGCAGCCGGGGGAGCGAAGCUUCCACUCCUUCUACCAGCUCCUGCAGGGAGGUUCUGAGCAGCUCCUGCGUUCUCUGCACCUCCAGAAGGAUGCAUCAGCCUACAGCUACAUCUGCCCUGGGGCACAGCUCAAGUGUUCCAUCAACGAUGGGGCUGAGUUCAAGGCAGUUGCUGAUGCCAUGAAGGUGAUUGGCUUCAAGCAGGAGGAGAUCCAAACUGUCUACAAAAUCGUGGCAGCCAUUCUGCACCUGGGGAACCUGAAGUUCUACGUGGAUGGAGACACCCCCAUCAUCGAGAACAGCAAGCUGGUGUCAGUGAUUGCUGAGCUCCUGUCCACCAAGGCCGAGCUGGUGGAGAAGGCGCUGCUGUUCCGCACGGUGGCCACGGGCAGGGACGUCAUCGACAAACAGCACACGGAGCAGGAGGCCACCUAUGGCAGGGAUGCCUUUGCCAAGGCCAUUUACGAGCGGCUCUUCUGCUGGAUUGUGACACACAUCAACGAUGUCAUCGAGGUGAAGAACUACGACACCACGGUGCAUGGCAAGAACACAGUCAUUGGGGUCCUGGACAUCUAUGGCUUUGAGAUAUUUGACAAUAACAGCUUUGAACAAUUCUGCAUUAAUUACUGCAAUGAAAAGCUGCAGCAGCUCUUCAUUCAGCUGGUUCUAAAGCAGGAGCAGGAGGAGUACCAGCGAGAGGGAAUUCCCUGGAAGCAUAUUGAUUAUUUCAACAACCAGGUCAUCGUGGACCUGGUGGAGCAGCAGCACAAAGGGAUCAUUGCCAUUCUGGACGAUGCCUGCAUGAACGUGGGCAAAGUCACAGAUGAGAUGUUCCUCGAGGCCCUCAACAGCAAACUGGGCAAGCACGCUCACUUCUCCAGCAGGAAGCUUUGUGCCACAGACAAAACGCUGGAGUUUGACAGAGAUUUCCGGAUCAAGCACUAUGCCGGGGAUGUGAUUUACUCUGUCACUGGAUUCAUUGAUAAAAACAAGGACACUUUAUUUCAAGACUUCAAACGCCUCAUGUACAACAGCUCCAACCCUGUGUUGAAGAUGAUGUGGCCUGAGGGGAAGCUGAGCAUCACUGAGGUCACCAAGAGACCUCUGACAGCAGCUACUCUGUUCAAGAACUCCAUGAUUGCCCUGGUGGACAACCUGACACUGAAGGAGCCCUACUACGUGCGCUGCAUCAAGCCCAACGACAAGAAGUCCCCUCAGCUGUUUGACGAGGAGCGCUGCCGGCACCAGGUGGAGUACCUGGGGCUGCUGGAGAACGUGCGCGUGCGGCGCGCCGGCUUCGCCUACCGCCAGAGCUACGAGAAGUUCCUGCACAGGUACAAGAUGAUCUCAGAAUUCACUUGGCCCAACCACGACCUGCCCUCAGACAAGGAGGCAGUGAGGAAGCUCAUCGAGUGCCACGGCUUCCAGCAUGACGUGGCCUACGGCAAGACCAAGCUCUUCAUCCGCACGCCGCGCACGCUCUUCACCCUGGAGGAGCUGCACGCCAAGAUGCUCGUCAGGAUCGUCCUCUUCCUGCAGAAGGUGUGGAGGGGCACGCUGGCCCGGCUGCGCUACCGGCGGACGCGGGCGGCGCUGACCAUCGUGCGGCACUACCGGCGCCACAAGGUGCGCGCCCACCUGCGCGAGCUCCUGCGGCGCUUCCGCGGCGUGCGCGACCUGCCCGACCGCGGCCGCUCCAUCCCCUGGCCCGCCCCACCCAAGGUGCUGCUCCGCUUCCAGGAGGCCCUGCAGAACAUCUACCACAGGUGGAGAGCGGCCGAGCUGAUCCGGAGCGUUCCCCCAGAGGUGCUGCCCCAGCUGAGGGCCAAGGUGGCUGCCAUGGAGCUGCUCAAGGGCCACAGGGCUGACAUUGGCCUCCAGAGAGCCUGGCAGGGCAACUACAUUGCACUGAAACCAGACAGGGCCCAGAGCUCAGGCUCCUUCACCCCCGUGGCCAACGAGCUGAAGCGCAAGGACAAGUACAUGAACAUCCUCUUCUCCUGCCACGUGCGCAAGGUGAAUCGCUUUAACAAGGUGGAGGACAGGGCCAUUUUCAUCACGGACAGACACCUGUACAAGAUGGACCCCAUGAAGCAGUACAAGGUGAUGAAGACCAUCCCCCUCUACAACCUGGUGGGGCUCAGUGUCUCCAAUGGCAAGGACCAGCUGGUGGUGUUCCACACCAAGGACAACAAGGAUCUCAUCGUUUGUCUCUUCAGCAAUGACCCCUCCAACGACAGCAGGAUUGGGGAGCUCGUGGGGGUCCUGGCCAGUCACUUCAAGAGGGAGAAGCGCUCCCUGCACGUCUCUGUCACCAACCCGGUGCAGUGCAGCCUGCACGGCAGGAAAUGCACCGUGUCCGUGGAGACCCGGAUCAACCAGCCCCAGCCGGAUUUCACCAAGCACCGCUCGGGCUUCGUGCUCUGCGUGCCGGGCAAUUAGCGGCUCCUCCCUCCCGGAGCGGGGCCGGGACCGCCCUCCUCCCGCCGGGAUCCACCGGGAGAUGCUCGGCAGCGACCUAAAGGUGCCUAAAGCAGCCUCAAGAAGCUCAAGGUCUGGAAAACCCCAAUUUCAGGGGUUUAGAAAAGCCAAAUUCGCACGGAAUGAAGACCUAAAAUAGCCGGUGACUUGUUCUUCACAUUACAAACCAGGCUGGAACAUCAGGAGAGCGCUUCCUUUGGAAUCAGUCUGAAAAAAAAGAGUUUCUAGGUACUUCCACCACCCCUUCUUCCCUUUCCCGCGUUGAUUCCUCAGCCCCUCUCCGCUUCUCCCUUCCAUGCUCCUUCCCCUUGUGUCAGUCUUUGCAGCUUGAUGCAGCCUCCAGAGGAGGAACCAAAGAUGCCCAGCUCAGGGAGUCGGCUUCUGUAGGGCCAGAUCCCACAGAACCGGGGCCAGGCUGGGCAGGGAGGGCUCCCUCCCACACUCCACACUCCUGCAGCCCCCAAGGUUCAUGGAGACACCUCCAGAGCUGCUGCUUUCCCUCGGGAAUUCAUCAACCCAUCGAGGCACCUUGGCUGGACAGGGGACUUGCAGUGCAGGCCUGGAUUCGUUAAUCCUGCAUUGCUCUUUUUGCCUUAAUUACCCCUCCAAGGGCCUGGAGGAGGUGGGACCGUGUGGCCUUGCUGAAUUUUGGAUGAUCCACGUGGCUUUGUGUCUGUGCCAGCGUUGGGGUGAGCCCAGGAGCAGGAGGAGUUUGGGGGGCCAAGCUUUGCACUAUCCAACAUGAACCUGGCACAGCCCCAGCUGCCAGCACCAGGCUCCUCUCCCUCCAUGAGUUUUCCUGGCUCUCCCACAGUGGGCUGUGGGUUUUGGGGCGUUGGGCUCGUCCUGCCCAGCCCAGAUAACCCCGAGCUCUGUGUUGAUGGAUCUCCUCAGUGGUUUAUUCCCACUGUGCUGGGCACUGCUGUGGUUCCUGAGCAGCCCAGGCUGGUGGGAUUUACAUUGGGAUUGUACAUUGGGAUUUACAUUGGGAUUUACAUUGGGAUUGUCCUGGCACUGCUGGUCAGGUCAGGAUUCCCAGCCCUGGAGAUGGGGGUGCUGAGGGUGACCCCACCUCGGGGCCAGCAAAGGGGAGCCGUUGUUUGAUGGAGCAUUUUGGGAAUUUGAAAGCCUGGAAGAGGCUCCUCAGGCACAAAGGUUUCCUGAAGCUGUGCCAUGGACACGGGGCACGGGACAGGUCACUGCAGCCUUGGUGUCCCUCUGGCCAGGGAGAGACAGGGAUGGGGAGCAUCAAUGAGCACAGGCAGCCCCAUGGCAGAGCUCCCCAUUCCCAUUGUCCCUGGCCUUGGAGCUGCCCCGGGAGCAUCCAGCACCCCCAGCCCCUCUCGGGGUGCAGCUCUGGGAUGUCCCCUUGGGCAGGGGCUUCCCCAGACCCCCAGCACCAGCACAGGGCCAGGAGGUGACAGCGACAGCCCCGACCCCGCCAGGCUCACACAGCACCCCGGCAUCACCCCAGGAACCUCCCAGCACCUCCCUGGACCCCAAACCAGCUCCCCUGGAGGGGCACCCCCAAUGCCAAAGCCCGGGACCCCCCCGGCCGUGUCUGUGCCUUGGGAUUUGCACUUCUCGCCUCCGGUCCCGGUGCAAACGUCCCCGCCCCGGGGUGGGAUCAGCACUUUUGUCCCUCCAGGAGAAUGGGGGGAUGGAAUCGGCAUGGACAGCAAGGAAUUGCAGCUUGGGAAAUGAUCUCCUACCAUGAGAUGGCAAUAUUGUAUGUGAUGAGAUGUGUCUUAUAAAAUAUAUUAUCUGUUCCUGCUCUGGUUUUAUAUAUAUAUAUAUAAAAUAUAUAUAUAAAUAUAUAAAAUA